AUGGUGGCCAACGACGGGCGCAUUCAGGGCAAACUCCAGCAGGAGAUCGACGACGCCUGGGCGCACUUUGAGCUCAGCAACGACCCGGACCGGCUGGGGCUGAGCUCUGAGCACCUGCAGGCGAUGCCCUACCUGGAGGCGGUCAUCAAGGAGUCGCUCCGACUGGUGCCGCCCAGCAUGACCAUGGGCCGGUACGCCCGCGAGGACGUCCACCUCGACGACGGGCUGGUCAUUCCGCGGGGCUCCACCGUCAUCAUGCUCAUACAGCGCAUCCACCACGACCCGGCCUUCUUUCCCCAGCCGGAGCGCUUCAUCCCCGAGCGGUGGACCGACCCGGAGGCGCCCCACCUGGCCAACUCCUUCGCCUAUGUGCCCUUUA